AUGAAAAUGGCUGUAAAUUGUAAGACCGCUAGUCACGAACCGAGUACCGACGGAGAUAUCCAAUCCACUACAUCUCAAAAUGAUGACCAUGCUAAUCAGCCACGAGAUCCCCAUACAAUAGGAAAAAAAAUAAAUGAGUACCAGGCACUCAUGAGUUUAAUCAAGGGUAAUAUUGGCACUGGGAUACUUUCUAUGCCAGUUGUUCUGAGAUAUGCUGGUCUGUGGACUGGAUUUACUAUGAUUAUAGUAUCAGGGAUUUUGUCAACUUACUUAAUGCAUGUUCUUUUGAGAACUGCCAAUGCAGUUCAGCAAAGACAUAAUUGGGAUAGAUCAAAAAUGGAUUAUGCCGAGACCGCAUUUCUAGUGCUCAAAUAUGGUCCAGAAAGAUUAAGAAAGCCCAAAGGAAAGUUGAAACAUACGGUCAAUGGAUUUUUGAUUUUGACACAAGUUGGGUCUUGUUGUGUUUACACCCUAUUUAUCACGGAAAAUAUUCGAUACUUUUUAAUGUCCUUCUUCCCACAUCUAACUCUCAAUGUGUAUCUAGUGGGAUUUAUUGUUUGUCUAAUACUAAUUCUAAUGAAUUUUAAAAGUAGUAUGCGUGUAGUCACCUAUUUAUCCGGUUUGGCUAAUAUAUGCACUGCAAUUGGUAUGAUAUUAAUAUUCAUCUAUUUAUUCACAUCUGGAUUACAUUCAAUAUAUGAAUUUCCGGCUGUUACCAAUUUCAAUGGUCUACUAAUUGCAUUUAGUAUUGUCAUGUUUUCAUUUGAAGGAAUUAGUCUGGUAUUACCUAUUCAAAGUAAAAUGAUUGAUCCUACUGGAUAUGGUUUACCAUUUGGUGUUUUAACUACUGGCAUGAUUAUUGUUAUCUGUAUGAAUGUAGCUGUUGGAUUUUAUGGGUUUUUAAAAUUUGGUGAAGAAUCUGAAGGAAGUAUCACGUUAAAUAUACCGCAAGUGCCUUAGUAAGUUCAAGUUGUUUACUGACUGAAGAUGAUCGUGAUAUCAUGUAUUUCCUUGUAUGUAAUAUGUCGUUUCACAUAAAACUUACACUUCUCGGUUAGUGGUUCGGCUGAUAUUUUUUUAUGGAGAACUGCUGUAUUUAUUCACAAACAUUAAGAAAUCUGUGAUGUGUUAACAUUUUGCCCUGUUUCUUGACAACUGAUUUAGAAAGUAGAUUACUCCAGGGUGUGCUGAACCUAGACUUCAGGUACAAGGUAAAUAUGGCAAGUACGUUGAUGUGGUACUUAAGUUAUGUGUUAUGUUUGACUAACUAUCCCUUACCUCGAUGCACUGUUUAGAGCCAUAUUAUUAAGUUGGAAAAAAGCCAAGGGUGGUCAGACGAAGGCGUCACAUUAAUCCAUUAAUUCAUUGACUGUUUUACUGAGCUGUAUUGGUAGAUGCAGAUUUUCUGACUAUGGCCAGCGCGAUUAUUCUAACCAAUGGUCGGAGACGGGUGAUUCAGAAUCGGUCAUAUUCGCGAUCUCAUCUAAAUGUACUAAUGAAGUCAACCAGCUUGAACCAAUUCACACACGUGCCACGUUAUAUGUCGCGCUAAACUAACUGACCGACAAUGACAUGAAUGUAUUAUUUAGUUAAAUUAAACUACCCUUUCUCACCAUACAGGUCACACAUUUUUCAUCAUUAACAGUGCACACACACACACACACACACGAAUUUACAUACAUUCGCUUAUGAACCACCUUGACGGAAAUGACAUGACAUUGAUUUGUUCAGACUUGUUUUUUGACUGAUCACAAUAUUCUUGUUGUUCCAUUGUACUAUUUGAACUUGGAUUAAUUUUGAUUUGGUUAUUUGUUUUCUGAAGAAGUGGCUUACAAUGAGUCACAGAACGUCAGAAAAUCUAAUUUUUCUACCUAUUGGGAUAUUACAAAUAUAUUAAUUAAUUAAUUUUAUUCAUUCCUUUUAUUCCUCGAAUUCAUUUUUUUCCGAAUCAUAUUGUCGAAAUGUGUAAUCAUUUUUACUACUACUGAUGCUGUCACUAUUUUUACUA